GUCCAACCCUGUUCGCAAAAGGCGUCCCAAAACAAAUGCCACUAUGCGGCUGCUAGAGCGUCGUCUCCUUUCCUCCCCCAAUCCGCCCUUUGGCUUCGCUGGCGGCGGCGGCGGCUGGGGAAGGCAGGAAUCCCGGCCUUUGCUUGCGCGCCACUCCGGGCACCGGCUGCAGCUCGCAGAAAUGGUUAGCCAGUAGUAUGUAUGUGCAUUCUGUAUAUAUACAAGAGAGCAAUCAUUUCUUUGGAAAAUGGCACUUCCACUCUGAGUGUUAAAUAGGGUGCCUUACCCUGUGGAAAGGGGUUGAACUGUAUCUGUAAUCUGACACUCCACAUCUCCAGCUGAACAAAAUGGCCUCCAAUGGUAAUGGAAAUCUCAAAGCUGAUAUUCAACAAGUAGAGUCAACAGCUUCAGAUAAUGUUCAAGGCGCAACAGGCGUCAACACUCUUGCCACUCAGGGUGUUUCACGAAAUGAAAAGCGGUGGAGCGGGUUUAGGGAUUUCUGGAAUCGCCUUUGUACUGGCCCCAAGUUAAAGAAGCUUGGUCCCUCCACUUCGUUCAAGUUUCAACAGAUCGCACUUCAACGUGAUGAGUUCUCACGUUCGAUCCAUUCGGACAACCAUGUUAGCCACGAGCAUUUCCAGUUUAUCCGGAAGAUUAAUUGGGAACAACUGUGGGUGAUGGCUAGGAACUGGAUAAAAGAGCCUAUGAAUAUGGCCCUUUUUGUUUGGAUUGCUUGUGUUGCUGUAUCCGGUGCAAUUCUCUUCCUUGUUAUGACUGGAAUGCUGAAUCGUGUUUUGCCUAGCAAAUCAAAAAGAGACACCUGGUUUGAAGUGAACAACCAGAUCCUGAACGCAUUAUUCACGCUCAUGUGCCUCUAUCAACAUCCUCAACGGAUCUACAACUUUGUGCUUCUUUGUCGAUGGGAGCAGCAGGACAUCUUAAGGCUUAGGAAGAUAUAUUGCAAAAAUGGAACAUAUAAACCUAACGAGUGGAUGCACAUGAUGGUGGUUGUGAUCCUCCUUAAUCUGAACUGCUUUGCUCAGUAUGCCCUGUGUGGUCUAAACGUAGGGUACCGCAGAUCUGAACGCCCCGCUAUCGGUGUUGGUCUCACUAUUUCUGUUGCAAUUGGGGCUGCAGCAUUCGCUGGUCUGUACAAUAUCAUCAGCCCUCUUGGGAAGGAUUACGACACAGAACAUCCAGAUAUCGACCAAGAAGCACAGAUCCAUGCCACCUCAACCGAGAGCGGCAGACCAACUUCACGGCUUCAGUCAUUCGAGAGGAGAUACUCUUUCAUCCAGAGCGACGAACGCCGUUUUGUGGAGAGAAGGCCUCAGUGGGUUGGCGGGCUAAUGGAUUUCUGGGACCAGAUAUCCAUUGCGUAUUUGUCACUUUUCUGCAGCUGCUGUGUCUUUGGCUGGAACAUGCAGAGGCUUGGGUUCGGUAACAUGUACGUCCACAUCGCAACGUUUCUGCUCUUCUGCCUGGCGCCAUUCUUCAUCUUCGUCCUCGCAGCCGGCAACGUUGACAACGGAUCCGUUCAGGUGGCGUUGGUGCUCACCGGACUUUUCCUGUGCUUUUUCGGUCUACUGUAUGGCGGCUUCUGGAGGAUCCAGAUGAGGAAGAGAUUCAACCUCCCCGAAAACAGCUUCUGCUGCCACAACCCGGACGCGUCGGACUGUUUCCACUGGUUAUUCUGCUGCUCGUGCUCGCUUGCCCAGGAAGUCAGAACUGCGGAUUACUACGAUAUCACAGAGGACAGGUCGCACACAGGGCAGGUAGUUGGUGAAAGCCACCGCAUAAUGUCCCCGUUGCAGCGCGAAGACGGUCUGCCUCUUUUCAAGUCGAGCCCAAGCUCGCCGUACAGGAGCGGCAACGUUAGUCCGUCGAUCUUCAUCCUGGAGAGCCCGUCACCGUCGGCCCCACGUAGGUCGUCUGGUUCGUCGCCUCAGGGUGGUGGUUCACCGACGAUGGGCCAUAGGGCGAUGAAGGCGCCAGUUCCAUCUGUUCUUCAAAGAGAGAGUGGACCAGAUCAUGCACAGGGGUGAUCCAAUGAAGCAGCUACCGCUUGCCAGCCCAAUGAGAUAUGUAUAUUUUUGUAAAGGAGAUACAUCGUCGGCAGAUAUUUUUUUUCUGUGCUGUCUUUCUUGUUCGUAAGAAAUGUAUAGACCUUCGAGUUCUGUUGUGCAUUUGAGCUCCGUCAUGCAUGGUUGCUUCUUAUGUGAGGCACGAUUAUUGAAGAGACCUCUCGUUUGCUGCUCGGU